GUUUUCCUAAGCCUCUAUCCAGCAGAGAAAUACAAAAACGUAUUGAUGAAGGAAAAGAGUUUAAUUCUCAAAGAUAAAACUUGCUAAUGGAUCGGGAAACUCGGAAAGCUAAUUUAAGGAAACUUCGGUUGUCCGGAAUUAAACAUCAUGAAUCAAGUACAAGCGGUAGUUUACGGAAAACUAAAUCAAGCAACGGAUUGUUAUCAAAGUAUUUUGAGGCACCAAAAGUAAAUGAAGUUAUUCAAGGAAAUGAACCAAAAUCAAAUGAGGUUGUGCAUUUGGAAGGUGGAUGUUCAAUAAGAGGCUUGAUUAAUACUGGACAAGAUCAUUUACAAGCAGAAAAUCAGCAAAGCGAAACACAGUUGAAAACAAAUGGAAGAAAGCGGACCAGUUUACGAAAAUUUGUUUUGACGGAGGAAACAAACCCGUAUCAAUGUUCCAAAGAUAAUAAUGAAGACAACUUUGAGGUUCCUGUAAAGAAAACUAAGAUACGAACUAAUUUGAAACGUAAAAAUAAUUCCUCCCGAAACAAAAGAACACUUUCUAGAGGCCAGCAGAAUAUUAAAACUUUGCUCAUGCGAAAUGAAGUUAUGUUUUCGGAGAUUACGUCUCAACAAUGCAGACUUGAUAAUUUCAGUGCUGAUGAAAUACAUCUCGCACUCGCAUUGUCUAAAUCACAAGUGGAAACCCGUGGUUCGUCUAACUUCGACUUUGCAGAUCAGCGAGUUGAAAACAACGAAGUAAAUUUGGAAAACGUUCAAAAUAUAUUAGGUCAAUACGGUUUUCGUCCAUGUGGUUUAGAAGCCUAUAACAGUUUAAGUACCGCAUUAUUGCCUGGUUCAAAUCGGAGAGGUAGAAAUAAAUGGAUCAACAAAUAUACAUCACUAACAUUACGAGAUUCUAAACUUCAAGCUAAGAAAGUACAAUCUAAAAUAGACUUUUUAAUGAGCCAAGAAUGGAAGGACAAACAAUUGUUUUUGUCUGAAACUCAUUCAGAAUCAUAUGCGUUAUUUAGUUAUAAUCUUCAGAAACUUAAACCAUCCAAAGCAAUUACCAAAGCAUUUGAAAAUGAAGAUAGAAUAAACCUUGAAAGUUUUUAUGUAAAAAAUCUCUUUGACGUCAACCACGUACAAGCUGGCUAUUUGUUAAAAAACUGGCAUGCUAUAGAGGGGCGUGAAUUGUCUCCUCAAAAAGCUAACCAAGGUCAAAACAAAUCAAAUAAAUUUGUUAAUCUCAUGAAUCAAUCGUUUAUAAAUUUGGAAGAACACUUCGGAGUGAAAAAGGUUUUAAUUUCCACAUUUCAACCUGAAAAAAAUUCCAAACCUUCCGAUGAUAACUUUCGUGAUCCUACGGAUUCGACAAUUAGAACUGAUAAUGAAAAAUACAGUUAUCAUAUUCAAGACAACCUCGAAAAUUGCAAUAAUAAUGAAAAUUUUGUUGAAAACAAAAUGGAGUGCAUUGAACAUAAACAAGUUUUAUCAGGCCACGGCACACCUCUAAUCGAAAAAACCAUCAGCACAGUACAAGAUGAUCAAAGCUAUAGUUCAGCGCAAGUUGAUAUCAAGCAAAACUUCCUAAGCACCUCACAAAAACCUUCAGAAAAUCUUGUAAGUAUAUCUAAGGGAACUCGCAGUCAAUCGCCGAAUAUAUUCGCGAGUUCAGAAGACGAAUUAGAAGAAGUUGUUAUUCCAAAAAUGGCAUCUUGCAAUGAAUACGAAACAAAUGCAUACCAAGAAGCUAUUUCAGUCGUAUCUCCUUUGAAUAAUACAGAUACUACAGAAAAUCGGAACGCCACAAGUCCUAUUUCGAGUAUUAUAGAUUUAACUCAAGAAGAAGAGCAUGUGUCUAUGGAUGGUGAAAGCUUUAAGAUCUUAAUGGAGAAUAUUAAUCCAAAUGAUGUCUCCGAAAAUACGGAUUGGAGAGCUAUUAAAGAAAACUCAUUUGAUCGAAGUGAAAAUGCUAUAAAUACAGGAAAUUUAAACAACUUAAACAAAUCCGCUGCAAGUUCCGAACUCGCAUUAAGUACUGGGAAAGUGAGUAUCGAUAGAGAGGAUAGUUCUGAAGAUUGCAUAGUUUUGUCAGAUGACGAAAUCAAUUACUCUAUUUGGAGAGCAGAUAUAAAUAGUUUCAGUCAAGCGUCAGCAAAUGGUUUACUCAAUGAGGACGAUGAAUGUGUGGUACCAGAGCCUUAUGAAAUGCUUAUUAAUACAUCCAGAUUAGCUAAUCGUUCCGCCGAGCUUCUUGAAUAUGGAAUUUUAGACAAUAUAUCGGAACCAUUUACACAACCUUCUGAGAUUAACAAUAGUUCCACCCAACAACCCGAAUUAUCGCCAACGUUGCUCGCACCAGUCGGAUUAGAAGGCUUGUUAAAUGGCGAUAUAAGUUUAAAUAUCACGAAAGAAGAAAGAAAUACCCAUGAUGUUCAAUCUUACACAAUACCUUUGGAAGUUUCAGAAUAUCCUGCGGAUGAAUAUGAAAUAUCAGGUAGGAUAUAUACCACCCGCAUUGUCACUGAUCCUAAACCGGAGUUUAUGCAUCAAUCAGAAUCAGAAAUAUUGAAACAACUUUAUCAAUAUGGCAUCAAACCUUUAAAACGGAAACAAGCUGUAAAGUUGUUGGAAUUUAUAUAUAAUUCAACACAUCCACUAAUUCUCAAACAAACUCCCAAUUGUAGUAAGCAAAACGAUAACUCUCGCAUUCCUGAACAAUCUAAUAAAGGUCCUUCGAAUCAUAUUAUUCCUCCCGCAAAUAAAUUACAGCUAAAGGAUUGUUUUGGCUCUCAAAUACAGCUAUUUAAAAAUGAUUUACAACUCGAUUUGGAUUGUGAGGACUAUAUAUUUCAGACGAAUGUUACAAAGAAGACGUCACGGCCGCUGUUACCUCUUCAUAUCGCCUGGCAUAAUCUCGUUUCCUCCAGUAUAAUUUUGAAUGAAACUAUCCUCACGUAUCAGCCCAUAGACUUGCAAGAAAUUUACGUAUUUUUGAAGGAAAUCGGAUAUCGUUUCGACCCAAAGGACAUGAAAGCUUUCCUUGACAAGCGCUGCAUAAUUUUCCGCUAUGAUAUGACCCAACCAGAUCGCCAGGCGGAACGCCAUACCCGAAAACAUAAAAAAACUACUAAAAGAUAGCGAAUUGUUAUGAAUUAAAUAUUUUAAUUUUUUUUUUACCUAUGUAUGUGAUUAAUUUUCAAUACUGCCUUACAAUUAUUAAAAAAAAAUUAUUGAA